AUGAAUAGUAUUUCUUAUUCCUCUCAUUCAUCCAUACUUCUCCCCUUCAAUUUAUUCCUCCGUUCGUCUUCCGUAGUCUGGCUUCUCCCUCAUCUUAAUACUGUCUUCUCAAGUCAUGUCCACAUAUUUUCCUCGCAAACCCUCAAACGAUUUGCACUUCACAUACACACACACACACAAAUCUUUUGUGCGAUGACUACUGAGACUGCGCGACAAUUCGACCUACAAACCACUGGAAUCCACGAGGGAAUCAAAAAUCUUGGAAUAAUAUGUAUGAUGCUCCUGCAAUUUCAGUUGUCAUCUGUAGAGCUCUUAAAAUUAUUUAUGACUGAAACCGAUAUUUGA